AUGUUGAGUAAUGUUCGUUUAGAAAGGAUUAACAUUCGAUGUUCGUUCGUUCAUUGGGGAAAUCUUCGCCCACAAACUCCCUACAAAUGUUCUGCACUUGGUGUUUCUGUACAAAAAGAAAAUAUUCAGAUAUUUUCUAUAUAUGGUUAUCAUUACUUUCGAAGAAGUAACAGUCAUGUUGAGAAACUUGAAUUUAAUCAUCAUCCAUGGUCGACUUAUUUGCCAAAUGGAUUUGGAAAGUUUUUCUCAAACUUAGUCGAUAUGGAAGUACAUCAUACGCCCUUAAAAGCUUUGAGAAGAAAGAACUUUGAGGAUAUGCUUAAGUUGAAGAGACUUUCUAUCGACGAAACAAAUCUGACAAGCAUCCAAGAAGAAACAUUUUAUGACCUUUUGAGUUUAGAAGAACUUUCCAUCACAAACAGUUUCUUGUCAAGUCUUCCAACGAAUAUUUUCUCAAUGCUUAAAAAUCUCCGUUUAUUUGAUGGGAAAUACAACAAGCUGACUGCUCUUGAAAGUCAAUUAUUUUCACGCAAUUUUCAAGUGGAAGUAAUUAACUUCAUUGGAAAUCAGUUGAGAGAAAUCCAUAUCAACUUUAGUCAGUUUAAAAAUAUUACAGAAAUUUAUUUUCUUGAUUGUCAUUGCCUGAACUCAUUUUUUGUCAAAGGUGGACCGAUAGUGACAUUGAAAGAUUUUCAAAAUCUUGUAAAGAAGAAAUGUGGAAUGAGCGAAAACGAUAUUGUAAAAAAAUCAUUGACGAAAGUUAUCAAAUGUUCAUUCACUUCAAAAUUAAUCGACGACUCAAAUUGCAUCAUUUAA